UCGCCAUGUUUCGUCCGUGCUACCGCCAAUUGUGCUCGGGUGGAAAUGCGAUCUGUUGAACAGACAGUUCCUGGACGUGAGCGCGCGAACUCUAGGUGGCGCCAAAUGGAUUUCAAAAAUCAACCGUUGCGCUUGUUGAAGGAGAUGUACUGUGUAUUUCAACGGCUCAGUCACACAGAAGAGAAAUUAAUUCAGAACUCCAGAUUGAGAUGAGGUGUGGUCCAUGAGCAAAGAGUCUGGUCUUGUCAUAAGCAUGCUGCUUGCUUUGGAUAAAAGCGCCUGCUAAAUGACAAUUAGGAUGUAAUUGAAGGAAUUAGCAGGAUGACCCGAUCGCUCAAGGCAAAUGGUGGGGCAAACAGGGGUCUAGUUGGAUCUUUACUGGAAGCACAUUGUGCGCGAGCAGUGGCCGCCCAAUGAAAGACCGCACAGGCGCAAACGCUGCGGAUUGGUCGAGAACUCAGCGCACAUUUACAGGCUGAUCUGAAGCGAGAGAAAGACUGCUGAACGCCGGCAGAUGAGAGGAGAAGAAACAACUGUUUGAAAGAAAAGAUAAGAAGAAACAUGGAAUCGAACACUGAGCGAACGAUUGCUGACUUUUCUGGAUCCUGGAAAAUGAAAAGCUCCGAAAAUUUCGAGGAGCUUCUGAAAGCUCUCGGCGUAAACGUCUUUCUGAGGAAGAUUGCAGUUGCAGCAGCCUCCAAACCAGCUGUUGAGAUUACACAGCAGGGAGAAAGCCUCUCUAUUCAGACCUCCACUAGUGUGCGGACCACUCAUGUGUCCUUCACGGUGGGCGAGUCCUUCAACGAGACUACGGUGGAUGGACGCCCAUGCACAAGUUUUCCAAAAUGGGAGACUGACAGUAAAAUCACUUGUGAGCAGACGCUGCAGAAGGGGGAGGGACCUGAAACAUCAUGGACACGUGAACUGACCAAUGAUGGCCAGAUGAUUCUCACCAUGAGAGCCGGAGAUGUUGUCUGCACCCGUGUCUAUGAACGAGACUGAUGGAUACUUGGAUCUCAGUUCAUUCCAUCUCAACUAUGUCCACAGUGUGCUAAAAUACUAGUUUAUCAUUGUACAAAUAGCCUGUUCCUUCCACUUUUAUAUGUUUGACAUAUGCUAAGUUUGUGUUUUAAAGGAGAGAUGUUUGAAGGGUCAGAAACGGUACUUGUGUAAAGAUGGUGUGAGUUUGCAUUGUUCUUUUUAAUGCAUUAUCUGAAAAGUGUAUUUAUUGUUGUUGUUCGUGCAUUUUAUGUCGCAGUUUCAUAUAUGCCACAAUGUGGCUUAUUAAUCAAAAAUGUUUUUGGCAAUAAACCUUUAUACAAAUAAA